UACCAAGAGGCACCAGCAACAAGCAACCCAUUCAUCUCAGAUCUUCAGUACAUCCCACCUCGGUGAUUUCUUCCCAGCUUGGAUCCCUAACCAAGUGCUUAUCUCAAAGGUGUUCCUCUUCCUAGCAUGGAUCGCAGAUCAAGUGUUCCUGUUCAAGGAAAGGCCACUGGAGAUAUAACUCUAGAAACCUUACCCAAGGAGCUUACAUUAGACUUUUUGAAGAAAAUUACAAAUGACUUCUCCACUGAUUAUAUCAAAGGUUCUGGUGCAUUCGGGACAAUUUAUAAGGGGAUUCUGGGUGAUGGCGAAGUGAUUGCUGUGCAGAGACUCGAAGAAAACUCACCUGUGCCACGUGAAAAAAUAUUUACAAAUGAGGUUAAAAAUAUUAUGGUGCUCGAACAUAAAAAUAUUGUGAAGUUGAUUGCAUACUGCCGUGAGACACAAAAUGCAUUGGUGCAGAGCAAUGGAACAAACAUAAUUGCGGAGAUCACCGAAACAUUACUCUGCUAUGAAUACUUACCCAAGGGGAGCCUUCACCAGAAUCUUUUUGGUGAAUCAAGUAGCAUUGAUUGGGACACACGCUUUGGUAUAAUAAAAGGGAUUUGUGAAGGUAUACUUUUUCUACAUACCUUGCCUAAUCCCAUUCUCCAUUUGGGUCUGACGCCUCAAAAUAUAUUGCUGGACAACAACAUGGCACCGAAAAUUUCGGAGUUUGGCUUUUCCAGAAUAUUUGGGGCAGAAAAAACCCGAACAAACACACAAAGUGAUGUGGGAUCUAUUGGAUACAUGGCUCCGGAGUAUCUGUAUAAUGGUGAAAUAUCAGCCCGCUCAGACAUAUAUAGUUUAGGCCUAAUCAUAAUGGAGAUCUGCACGAGAGAGAAGAAUAGUUCCAGCAUCGACCAGAAGCAUGCAAGGAAAUAUAUUGAUGGAGUAAAAGAUAAUUGGAUCCGAAUAGAUCAAAUAAUGUCCAAAUAUAAAGAUUUAGAAGAAAAUUGUUUCGAACAAAUAGAAGGGUGCAUCAAGAUUGCUCUACAAUGUGUGGAGAUUGAUGGUGAGAAGAGACCUUCCAUAGAAGAAAUUCUCAAUAGUCUCAGUAAGCUACCAGAUAGCUAGAAGUGGUUGGUUAGUGGGAAGUCCACAACUCUGUUAUUCUACCAGUCAGAGGUAGAGUACAAGUGUGGGAAGGAUAGACAGAUCUACCAGAACUCUGGGUGGAAGGAAUUCGUCACUGGGACCUGUCUUCAGCUAUGCCAUUAUGAUGCUCCACUUCCUUACGGUGGUGAAUUGUAACAUGAUGAUUGUCGUCAAUGUACUUUACUUUUUCUCCUACGAACAAAUGCAUGUACACUCAAGACUAUAUGCUUGUGGAAUGUGUGUGAUGACCUUCAUGAAUGUUUGAAAUUUAUUUAUUUUAGUCCAUAUUUGCCGCUCGAAGAUGCUUCACUUACAAAGCAAUGUACACUGCAACUUU